AUGGCUCGCUACGCUGCUGCACCGGCCAACGAGGCCAAGUCCGCUAAGACCCGCGGUUCGUACCUGCGUGUCCACUUCAAGAACACUGUUGAGACCGCCAACGCCAUCAAGGGCCGCAAGCUGCUCAACGCUGUGCGCUACCUGAAGGACGUCGAGGAGCACAAGCAGUGCGUUCCUUUCCGCCGCUUCCACGGUGGUAUCGGCCGUACCGCCCAGGCUAAGGCUUUCGGCGCCACCAUGGGUCGCUGGCCCGCCAAGAGCGCCAAGUUCCUGCUUGGUCUGCUCGAGAACGUCCAGGCUAACGCUGAGGCCAAGGGUCUUAACGUCGAGGAGCUUGUCGUCAAGCACAUCCUGGUCAACGCCGCCCCCAAGCAGCGUCGCCGCACCUACCGUGCCCACGGUCGCAUCAACCCGUACAUGAGCAACCCGUGCCACAUCGAGAUCAUCGUCUCCGAGGAGGAGAAGAAGGUCGAGAAGGCCGACGACCGCGUCACCGCCCCCUUCCAGACCCGCAAGCAGCUUGCUGUCAAGCGCCUCCGUGCCAGCCGC